AUUAAUGUUAACGUUGUUGCCACCCGACAAGACCGGGCCCAUUAUUUCAAGGAUAAAGUCCAUUGCAAAAGACUGUAAAUGAUAGAAGCAGAAUCUGGAAACUGUAAUCUAGAAAGUAUUUCUGACUUAACAUUAGAUGUCAUGGAGCAGGAGCUCCCGUCUUCUUCACAGUUUUAUCAGUGGUUUAACAUUGAAGUAGAUGACGAGUUUAACCCAACACUUUCAUGUGAAUCUGAAGAACUUCAGAGCACCAGCUUUCCAUUACGCAAUCCUAAUGGAACGUCUGACAUAGAGCACAUACCAAACAUACAAAAACAAGUCGAUGCUCUUAGACUGAUGGAAAACCACAAACCAUUCAAAAAUGGAACAGCUGACUUUGAUCUAGACGCUGCUCUUUUAGCUGAUGAAUAUACCAGGUUAAAGAAAAUAACCGAGCACGAUAAUAAAGAUAUUGGUAAUAAUGAAGUAAAACUAGACAUGCAGGACAAAGAAUUGGAAGCCAUUAUUGCCUCUAUUGCAGAACUGUGUGAUCUGAAUGUAACUGUGCAAAAAGAUGAGACGAAUGUUAACCGUCACUUUCAUGAUGCACGAAAAUCUUGCGUCGAUGAUGCCACAUACGGAUACGGCUUCGGAGAUGUACCGCCAUAUUAUGAUAUUGAUGAAACAAAAUUUGAAAUCGAUACCGAAACGAUAGCAAAUCAGAUGGAUGAGGAGUAUGAUGAAGCUCUUAGGCAUGAGCUUGAAAAUCUCAAAGCGGAAAUAAACAUGGAAGAGGAAAAGAGUAAGACUAUUCAGCAAGAACUGUUAUCAACAAGAAAUCAUUACAACUAUCUGAAAAGGUAUAUUACGACAGCUAAUGAGGAAGGUGAACCCUGCAACACACCAAAUGACGAACAAAAUGUUGAGAAAAUUUCUUUAUCUGAAACAACGAGACCGGAUUUAAACAGUUGUUUAACCAAGCUUCCGCCAGUACUUGGACCAAGAGCGGUGUCAACGACACCAAGGCCAGAAAACAUUCCACAACAUGUAGAUUUAUCAGCUUCGCGAUCAAUAUCAUCUUCCUGUUGCAUACCAUGUUCAAAAAAUCGGUUGGUUGAUUCUGUCGACAAUGAUAAUAAUCACAAUUAUACUCGAUGAUUAUGAAUUAUGUAACAUGACAUUUCUUUUCUAAAAGACUGAACAAUAAAUAUAUUACAAGUU